UGGAGCCAGCCCCGUUGAGUUCGCUGGCUGUCGCUGCCAUUGGGCUCCUCGCCGCCGCGGAGGGAAGAACCGGCUCAGCCUAAUCAAGGAAGGAAGAUGGAGACGGCGGCAGAUGAAAAGAUUGUUGCUGGGGAAGAGAAGAAGAAAGAACCAGGAAAGAAGAAGAACAAGGAGGGAACUGGUGAUGGUGGGAGCUUGGAGCUGAGUCAGUUGCCUGAAUACAUCAACCCGCGACUAGAAAUGUAUCAUAAACUGAAAGCAGAACACAACGCGCUUAUGGCAGAACGAGCUGCUAAAGAAAGCCGGCCCAUUAAAGUUACGUUACCUGACGGCAAGCAAGUUGAUGCUGAAUCCUGGAAGACAACGCCAUACCAAAUUGCCUGUGGAAUCAGUCAAGGUUUGGCUGACAACACUGUUAUUGCUCGAGUGGACAAAAUGGUUUGGGAUCUAGAUCGUCCUUUGGAGGGAGACUGCUCCUUGGAACUGCUAAAAUUUGAUGAUGAUGAAGCAAAAGCGGUGUAUUGGCACUCAAGUGCCCACAUAAUGGGUGAAGCCAUGGAAAAAGUAUAUGGUGGCUGCUUGUGUUACGGCCCGCCGAUAGAGAAUGGGUUUUAUUAUGACAUGUUCCUUGAAGAUGGGGGUGUCUCUAGCAAUGACUUUCCUGGUCUAGAGGCAAUAUGCAAGAAAAUUAUGAAAGAGAAGCAACCCUUUGAGCGACUGGAAAUUAAGAAGGAAACCUUGCUUGAAAUGUUUAAGUACAAUAAGUUCAAGUGUCGGAUCUUGAAUGAAAAAGUCAACACUCCAACUACUACUGUAUACAGGUGUGGCCCUUUGAUCGAUCUUUGCAGAGGACCUCAUGUCAGACAUACUGGUAAAAUAAAGGCAUUAAAAAUACAUAAGAAUUCCUCUACGUAUUGGGAAGGGAAGUCUGAUAUGGAAAGCCUGCAGAGGAUUUAUGGAAUUUCAUUCCCAGAUCCAAAAAUGCUAAAAGAGUGGGAGAAGUUCCAAGAGGAGGCGAAAAACAGAGAUCACAGAAAAAUUGGGCGGGAUCAAGAACUGUUUUUCUUCCAUGAACUCAGUCCUGGGAGCUGUUUUUUCUUACCAAAAGGAGCAUACAUCUAUAAUACGCUGAUAGCAUUUAUUAGGAGUGAAUACCGAAAGCGAGGAUUCCAGGAAGUUGUGUCACCAAAUGUCUACAACAGCAAGCUUUGGGUGACAUCAGGGCACUGGCAGCAUUACAGUGACAACAUGUUUUCCUUUGAGGUGGAAAAAGAGAUCUUUGCUCUGAAGCCGAUGAACUGCCCUGGACAUUGCCUCAUGUUUGAUCACCGGCCCAGAUCCUGGAGGGAGCUGCCACUGCGACUGGCUGACUUUGGCGUUCUCCACCGCAACGAGCUGUCAGGGACGCUGACAGGCCUCACCAGAGUGAGGCGUUUCCAGCAGGAUGACGCUCACAUAUUCUGUGCCAUGGAGCAGAUUGAAGGGGAGAUAAAGAGCUGUCUGGAGUUCUUGCGUGCCGUAUAUGACGUGUUCGGCUUCUCCUUCAAACUCCAUCUCUCCACCCGCCCUGAAAAAUACCUUGGAGACAUUGAAGUGUGGAAUCAAGCUGAAAAGCAACUUGAAAAUAGCCUGAAUGAAUUUGGUGAGAAGUGGGAACUGAACCCUGGGGACGGAGCUUUCUAUGGGCCAAAGAUUGACAUUCAGAUUAAAGACGCCAUUGGCCGGUACCAUCAGUGUGCUACAAUCCAGUUGGAUUUCCAGCUGCCAAUACGAUUCAAUCUCACUUAUGUGAGUCAUGAUGGCACUGACAAGAAACGGCCAGUGAUUAUCCACCGUGCUAUCUUGGGAUCUGUGGAGAGGAUGAUUGCUAUCCUGACAGAAAACUAUGGAGGCAAAUGGCCGCUCUGGUUAUCUCCUCAGCAGGUGAUGGUGGUGCCAGUUGGACCAACACUUGAUGAAUAUGCACAAAAGGUGAAGCAGCAGUUCCAUGAUGUUGGAUUAAUGGCAGACGUUGAUGUGGACGCUGGUUCUACCCUGAACAAGAAGAUAAGAAAUGCUCAGCUUGCACAGUACAACUUCAUUUUGGUUGUUGGUGAAAAGGAAAAGGCAAGUGGGACAGUGAACAUCCGCACCAGAGACAACAAAGUGCAUGGCGAACGCACCGUGGCUGAGACGGUGGAGAGGCUGCUGCAGCUGAAGGACUCGCGCUGCAAAAACGCUGAAGAAGAAUUUUAGCCAAGCCCUCCUUUUCCACAUUUUUUUCUUCUUCCCUCUAAGCAGUUAACCUUUCUGGAUUUAGCAAUAUUUCCUCUGUAGUGUAUUUGAUAAGAGAUCUUUGUCAAAAGAACCAAAACACCCACUUGCUUUCGUAUGUUCAGAAAUUAAGUUGUAAGUCCAUUUUGUAUAAAUGUGGGCAGUUGCCUUGAUUAGCCUCUGCAAGCUCCAAGUCUGUGGAGCUUGAAGAAGCUAAAACUGAAAGGGACAAUGGAACAAUUAAUCAGGGAUUAAAAUGCCACUGGUAGCAACCCUCUGAUAAUUUAUCCUCUUCGUGAAAUAAAUUUGUAUUUCAGCAAGA